AUGGAUCUGAACAGCACGUACAUCACCCUCGACGGGUACGUGGAGUUGUCUAAGUACAGGUGUCUCUACUUCCUGCUGCUGUUCACUGCCUAUAUUCUGAUUCUGUGCAGUAACUCCACCAUCAUGUGUCUCAUAGUGAUUCACAGGAGCCUCCAUGAGCCCAUGUACGUGUUCAUUGCCGCUCUGUUGACCAACUCACUUCUUUUCAGCUCCGCUCUUUAUCCAAAGCUGCUGCUGGACGUUUUAUCAGAGACACCGGUGGUGUCGUACCCAGUCUGCCUCUUCCAGUGGUUCAUGUACUACACGUUGGGUGGCUCAGAGUUCCUGCUGCUGGCGGCCAUGGCCUACGACAGAUACGUGUCCAUCUGUCGACCUCUGUUGUAUCCCAGCAUCAUGAGGAAGGCCAAUGUCUGUGUCUGCCUGCUUCUGGCCUGGCUGCUGCCUGUUUGUCAUACAACAGCUGUAAUUAUAAGAAAUGCACAUGAGAAACUGUGUAGGUUCACUUUCACUGGGAUCAUAUGUAACAGCACUGUUUACAAACUUCAUUGUUUGACUUCAGUGGUGCUAAAUAUCUACGGGUUUGUAGUUCUGGUGAACAUCUUGCUGCUCCCGUUGCUCUUCAUCCUGUUCACCUACGUCAGGAUUCUGAUCAUUUCCUACCGCAGCGGCAGAGACGUGAGGAGGAAAGCUGCUAACACCUGCUUACCUCACCUGCUGGUUCUCAUCAGCUUCUCCUGUUUGGGUAUCUAUGAUGUGCUUCUGGCUCGAAUCGAGACUGAUUUACCAAAAGUUUUGCGGUUAAUUCUUUCUUUACAAGUCAUUUUAUAUCAUCCUCUGUUUAAUCCUAUCAUAUAUGGAGUGAAAAUGAAGGAAAUAUAUAAACACAUCAUGAAGCUGUUCUGUUCAGACAGAAGGUUAAAAUGUGCUAAAGUCCAUCAUUAG